UAUUUCUGUUUCAUAAUGGAAUUUGUUUUAUACAUAUGCCACUAUCAGGUGUAGUAAAUAUUUUUGCAUUGAACACAAAGACAGAGAAAUGAAUGAAACAGAGAGAAAGAGUGAAAGAGAUGAGUCUGAAAUGUCGACAAGAAAAGUCAAAAUUGAAAAUGUCGAGGAAGAAUCACAAGUUGUUGAUUCAUCAUUUGAUUACAAAGGAAGGGUUCCUCAUCGAUCUUCAACUGGCUCAUGGAAAGCAUCCCUCUUCAUUUUAGCAAUGGAAUUCAGUGAGAUAAUGACAUAUUUUGGAAUAGCAUCAAAUAUGGUGAUAUACAUGACAAAAGUGAUGCAGCAAGACUUGAAAACGGCGGCGAACAGUGUAAAUGUAUGGAUUGGAGUUACCACAUUAAUGCCUCUUCUCGGUGCUUUUCUUGCCGAUGCAUAUACUGGUCGUUACUUCAUGAUUCUAUUCUCCGCCAUCCUCUAUGUUCUGAGUCUAGGUAUAUUUACCAUGACACAAUACAUACCAAGCCUUAAACCUUGCAGCACAAGUUCGAAUACAUGCCAACAUGUUAGCAAGGUGCACAAGGCGGUCUACUUCUUAGCGGCCUACCUGAUGGCCCUAGCAACAGGUGGUUACAAGCCAUGCUUAGAGAGCUUUGGUGGUGACCAAUUCGACGACAACCACCCUAAAGAAAGGAAGCAGAAGAUGUCAUUUUUCAACUGGUGGAACAUCGCCGUUUGUUGUGGCAUUUUCGUUGGGGUUACUUUGAUAGUGUACGUACAGUUAAAUGUAAGUUGGGGCAUUGGAUUUUUAACACUAACUAUAACUAUGGGUGUUACAGUCUUUAUAUUUGUUCUUGGAAGACCAUUUUAUCGGUACUGGACCGCCCUUGGAAGCCCAUUUACACCAUUGGUGCAAGUCCUUGUUGCUGCUUUGGCUAAGAGAAAUCUACCCUGUCCUUCUGAUCCCUCUUUGUUGUAUGAGGCUCUCAAUUCAGAGAAGCUCCGGGGUCGACUUUUAGGUCAUACUAAUAGACUCAGAUUUCUUGACAAAGCUGCAAUAAUCGAAAGCAAUGAUGAAGUAACCAAGAAUAAGCAAAGUCCAUGGAGGCUAGCAACCGUGACACAAGUGGAGGAAUUAAAACUCAUAAUAGCCAUGUUUCCAAUAUGGUUAACUUCAUUAGUGUUUGGCAUAGGCAAUGCCCUGGGCCCCACGUUCUUCAUCAAGCAAGGAAACGCAAUGAAUAGGAAUAUUUCAAACCACUUUGAAAUCCCAGCAGCCUCAAUAGCCAUCCUAUCAGCCAUAGGCAUGAGUGCUUCAUUAGCAUUAUACGACAAAGUCCUCCUCCCAUACUUAAGGAGAAUCACGGGAAACGAAAGAGGCAUCAACAUCCUUACAAGAAUUGGUAUUGGCAUGGUUAUCUUAAUCAUAACAAUGAUGAUUUCAGCCUUGGUUGAGAGGGCAAGGUGGAAAGCAUCAUUACAAGGAGAAAUCAUUCAUGUGUAUUGGCUUAUGCCUCAAAUCUUUAUCAUUGGUAUAGGAGACGGGUUUUCUCUAGUAGGAUUACAAGAGUAUUUUUAUGAACAAGUUCCUGACUCGAUGAGGAGCUUAGGGAUGGCGUUUUACCUAAGUGUGACUGGUAUUGGAAGUUUUGUUACAACGUUGUUGAUUAUAAUAGUGGAUUAUGUGACAGGGCUGAAUGGUAGGAAGAGAUGGAUAGGCAAGGAUUUGAAUGAUAGUCGCCUUGACUAUUUUUACUGGCUAUUAUCGCUCAUUUUUGUGUUGAAUUUGUGUGUUUUUGUGAUGUUGGCCAAGAAUUAUAGGUACAAAAGUGUUCAAAGAGGUGUGGCUAUAAGUGAUACUAUUUGUGAUGAUGGAUGAGAAAAGGGUAGAGUUGGCUAGUGUUUGAAGAUGAACCUUGAGAAUCUAAUGUUAGAGACCUCUUACUAAUAAUUUGAUGGUGGAAAACUUCAUGUAAUUUGUUAUUAAGGAUUUAUCACAUCAUUUGUACAGUACGGAGUAUGAGAUGCUCUGUCUUAAUUUCAUACAUUGUACAAAAAACAAGAUUAUAGCAAUGUCAAUUCUAUAAACUGUAGCACUUAUUUUGAUGA